AUGCCUCCAGAUCUUGGAAAAUUGACUAACCCCCAAACUUUACCUAACUUUGUUUUGGGAAAAGAGAGUGGCUCGUCGGGAAUUGGGGAGUUAGGACCUCUACUGCAUCUUUGUGGGACACUAAGCAUCUCAAGACUAGAGAAUGUGAAUGGAGUUGAGGAUGCAACAAUGGCCAACUUAGGUCAUAAGAAUGGCAUUGAUGGAUUGCUACUAGAAUGGAACAAAGGAGAAAUUGCUGAUCUGGAUGUCCUUAGAAGUCUACAACCUCCUAGGAUGCUCAAGGAGCUUACUGUCAACGGGUAUGGCGGUGUGAGAUUCCCAACUUGGAUGGAAAAUCCUUCAAUAUUCUCUAAAAUGGUGCUAAUGAGGUUAGAAGAUUGCAACGGAUGCAGAUUGUUGCCCCCACUUGGACUAUUGGUCUCACUAAAAAAGCUUAUUAUAGUAGGAAUGUCUGGGGUAGAAAACAUUGGCAGUGAUUUUUAUGGAGUGGGUUGCUUGAAGCCUUUUCCCAUAUUGGAAAGCCUUUCCUUUGAGACUAUGGAAAAUUGGGAAAACUGGUCUCAACUUGAAACUAAAGCUGGGAUUGAAGGGUUCCCUCAACUGAAAGAGCUCUCUUUAAGAAGAUGCCCAAAGUUGAAUGGUAAAUUACAUGAGUCCCUUCCUUCAUUAGAAACACUUGUGGUACGUGGAUGUGAGCAGUUGGUAAUUUCAAUUCCAGCAGAGGGAUUAACAAGAUUAAAAGAUUUGAAGGUGCAUGGUUGCAAGGAGAUGUCAUCUGUGUGCCAGGAUGAAUUACGACAGCUGACUUCUCUUGAGCAUUUACAAAUUGAUGAUAGCUCGUUGCGGCAUCCUACACUAAUGCGGGUUGGAGAAGAAGCGAGACAGGUAGAAUUAUGUUUGCCUACCAAAGUUCAAACUCUGGAAUUAAGUUACUUUUGCAAUCUUGUUAAGGUACCAGAAGUGAUGCACCUAACAUUACUUGAAGAGCUGCACAUAUUUGGCUGCACAAGUCUCACUUGUUUUCCAAAGUCUGGUUUGCAGUCUUCUCUCAGAGUUUUGUGGAUUGAAAGUUGUGAAAAUCUGAUAUCAUUGGUGAGAGACGACGAGUACAGCAGCAAUUGCACACCACCACCUAAUUCUAAUUCUAAUUGUCUGGAGUUAUUGAAAAUACAAAAUUGUCCAUCUCUUAAAUCCAUUUCAUCGGCUGUUACUGGCAGUUUGCCAGUAAGGUUUAAAAACCUUUACAUUAAGUAUUGCCAUGCUCUCGAGCGUUUAUCCUCAGGCAAGUUACCAGGCACCCUUAGAAACCUUGAAAUCCAUUACUGUUAUAGUCUGAUUUACAUAUUAUCCGAGGGUGAGCUACCCGAGGCCCUUGAAAGCCUCCGUAUUGAAGGUUGCAAAAUAAACCUUAGGUCAAUACCUGAGGGCCUCCACCAUCUCAUCAAUCUUAGUGAACUAUGUAUUAUAGAAUGUAAAAAUCUAGUUCCUUUGCGAGAAGGAGGGCUGCCAGCUUCAAACUUGAGAGAACUCGUCAUUGAUACGGUAGCAUAUCCCAAAGGCAUGCUGCAAGACCUCAUCUUUCUACAAAAAUUGGAGAUUCCUUACAGUGAAGGAUUGACGAGGCUUUUAGUAGAAGAGGGUUUUCCACCAAACUUAAUUUUCCUUAUCAUUUAUGAUCUCAAGGAGAUUAAGCCACUCUUCCACCGUAGAUUCUUGCAUAGACUCACGUCUCUUAGAUCCCUUAGUUUGAUUGGUGAAGCUACAGAUAUGGUGUCCUUUCUUCCUGAACCUGAAAAUGAGCAUGAAAAGGAUGGGAGGAUGGGGACGCUGAUGUUACCAAAGUCUCUCAUCUCCCUCCAUAUUUCAGAGUUCGAGAACCUGGAGAAGUUAUCCACUGGAUUUCAAUGUCUCACCUCCCUUCAGUUUCUUUCCAUCCGGGCCUGCAAGAAGCUCAAAUCUUUACCAGUUGGGGGUCUCCCUCUUUGCCUUACUGACCUUGUAAUCCAUAAUUGCCCACUGUUAAAGAAACAGUGCACAAGGUAUGCGGGUCCACUCUGGCCCCUUAUUGCUCAUAUUCCUGGUGUUCAUUUCUUCAAUUAG